CAACGUGUCAUUUAAAGCAGAUGUUGACGUGUUUUCUGUAGAAGAAAAUAUACAGCAGGCCAAAUCAAAUCAAAAUCAACGGAACCGUUUCAAUACAACAGUGAGAGUGCAAGGACAUGAGGAGCCUAGCAAUCGUUCUCACACUAACUGCACUUGCAGUGGUGGCUCAAGCUACUGUGCACUGUCGUCCAAGAACAUGCUCUAGGGGAUAUUACUUCAACUACGAUACAUGCGCCUGUGACACCUGUCGAAUCACUACCUGCCCAACUGGACAACGCUUCAACGCAGAGAAGUGCAAGUGUGAGUGCAUUUACCGGCAAUGCUCAGAUGGGAAGACUUUUGAUGAGCAAUCCUGCGAGUGCAAAUGUCCUCAUCAACUUUACUGUGCCAGGCCGAGAGAGUUCAACUCCAACAGUUGCCAAUGCCAGUGCCGAGGAGACCAAACCUGCAAAGCUCCGUUUGAGUACAACCAGAAACUCUGUCGAUGCGUGUGCCCACAAAAACAAUACUGUCCACCUGGUAAAAUGUUCAGCUAUAGAAAAUGUGGGUGUGUUUGUUUUUUUCAGAGAGAUUGCCCCGAGCCCCAAGAGUUCAAUUCCGAGACCUGCCAAUGUAAAUGCCCAGCAAUUAAGUUAUGCCCGACUCCAAAACAGUUUAGCAGCAAAAGCUGUGAUUGCGAGUGCCCAAACAAAUAUGAGAUGUGUCUUUACUCGGCACAAAGAUACAAUCCGAAUUUGUGUCGAUGUGAAUGUCCCGUGGUUCGAAGGUGUCCACCUAGCCAAAUUUUUAACAAAAAAACAUGCCAAUGUGAAUGUCCAACACCAAAGCCUAAAUGUACCGCAGCACAAGUGUUUGAACCUGUCACCUGUCAAUGCAAAUGCCUGAACAGACCCUCAAAAUGCCCUUAUCCUCAGCAGGUAUUCGAUGAAGAGUUUUGUCGCUGCAAAUGCCCCAAAUAUCAGACUUGUCCUGGAGGCCAAGUAUUUAAUGGUCAGACUUGCGAAUGUGAAUGUCCAAUACCAAAGCCUAAAUGCAGUGCAAUACAAGUGUUUGACCCUAUCUCCUGUCAGUGUGAAUGUCCUCACAGACCCAAGAUAUGUCCCUAUCCUCAAGUUUUCGAUGAAAAAUAUUGUCGCUGCAAAUGCCCUAAAAAUCAGACUUGUCCUAGAGGACAAGUGUUUAAUGGUCAGACUUGCCAGUGUGAAUGUCCAAAGCCAAAGCCGACAUGUACCAAAGCUCAAGUAUACGAUGAAGAGUGCUGUGCUUGCAAAUGCCCUUACAAACCAGCUCAAUGUCCGUAUGGGCAGAUAUUUCAUCUUGAUACGUGUAAAUGCAGCUGUCCUGAGAUUCUUAAAUGCCCUAGAAGACAGGAAUUUGAUUACACUUCCUGCAAAUGCCGAUGUCCCAAACCCAUUCCAAAAUGUUAUCCUAAUCAACGAUUCAAUUACGUCUCCUGUGAGUGCGAGUGCCCAAAAGUACCUGAAUAUUGUCCAUACACGAACCAAACGUUCAAUGACACGAUUUGCGAAUGUAGGUGCCCUAAAAAACUGACAUGCCCGAAAGGACAACAAUUUAACGCUCAGAAAUGUGUCUGUGAGUGUCCUUACCCGUACCCAACAUGUACAUCAAAUCAAGAAUUCAAUUAUGGGAAUUGUAAAUGCGAGUGUCCUAAGAAACCAACAAAAUGUCCCUACUCUGCUCAGAUAUUCAAUUAUGAAUAUUGUAAAUGUGUCUGUCCUGUCAUAAAGAAAUGCCCGGGAAACCAGCGAUUCAACCGAGAGACGUGCGAGUGUGAGUGUCCAUAUUCUAGACCAUCCUGUACCAAAGCUCAAGUCUUCAACGAGAUAUCGUGUCGGUGUGAGUGCCCUUAUAUUCCCGAAAAGUGUCCAUACUCAACUCAAGUAUUCAAUGGUAAGACGUGUAGCUGUGUGUGCCCAUACAGUGAAGAAAGAUGCUAUGGAGGCCAAGUUUUCAAGAAAGAUGUAUGCGCCUGCGCUUGUCCAAAAAAACUAAACUGUACAGCCCCUCAAAAGUUCAACGAAUACUCAUGCCAAUGUGAGUGCCCAGAUCGACCCAAGUACUGCCCAAGAGGCAAAACCUUUAACGAAGGCACUUGUGAAUGCUCCUGCCCCAUCAAGACAUGCCCUCAAGGCCAGUACUUUGAUAGCGAUACUUGCAGCUGUGUGUGUAGCCACAAACCAUCCUGCCCCAGACAUAAAGUGUUCAAUACAACAACUUGUGAGUGUGAUUGUGCUUGGGUCGAGACUUGUCAAUCUCCACGAUAUUUCAGCCAUGACACAUGCGCUUGCGAAUGCCGUGCCAAGAAAGAUUGCCCUGUCAACCAAAAGUUUGAUCCAUACAAGUGUACAUGCAUAUGUAUCAAGAGCCCCUAUUGCGCGGCAAAUUUUGUUUUUGACAACCAGCAAUGCGACUGCAUCUGCAACCGUCGAUGCGCUCCACCUUUAACCCUCGACAAAACUAACUGCAAAUGUGUGUGCGAGAGAGAGUGUGGUCCUGGGAUGAAGCUAACUAGUGGCUGUGAAUGUGUGCCUCUAACCUGCAGCAAUGCUAAGACAUCCAAGGAAUGCUCUGCAGCUAGAUGCGACCAUAACCCCAACAAAUCUUGCACAUACACUCGCGAUAACCUGUGCCUCUGUCCCUGCUGUCUCACGAAGUCCGACCCUCGUUACAGUGCAUGGUGCCUGAACUGGUCGAGAUACGGAAGAUCACAAUGUACUUACAGGCAGAAUGCUGACUUCUGCAAGUGGGGCUGCUAAGUCAGCACUCAACUACCAUAGCUAUCAACGAACAAAUACUGCAGUAGAAUGUGUACGUAUAAUUAUGUAGCUGCUUAAAUCAUUAACGACGACUGUACAAAUAAUUAUACUGGUUAGAAUUCGUUUAUAUAAUGUGCAUACUAUAAUUAUAAUAGUGUGUGUUAAUACGCAUAAUUAUAAUUAUAAUUAUGAGAAA